CCCCUCUGACCUGGUUUUAAUGCAAAUUGUUUUGAUAUUUGUUCCAUUUUUAUAUCCUGUUAUAAUCUUCAGUGGAAAAUUCCACGCGACAUAAUGUUCCUGUCGGCGAAAAAAAUAUUCGCUUGGAAACUACGUUGUGCAAACAACUUUCACUUGUGAAAUGCAUACGAUGAAAGUAUUUUAUGAUUGUCCAUUGCACUCUCCGCAGUUCUCCAAUGCACUCGGAAUAAUAUCACUUAGUUCAAUGUCGUGAAGAUCUUGAUAAAAUUAUCCGACUAAUUUCCAAUCGGUGUUAUUUUAUUAAACAAAUGUUUUUUUGACUGAAUAAAUAAAUUGUGCUAUAAGAAAGAUGACGCAACUGACUUUCACAACAAUUGACGGGAAUGUUGGUGCUAGACUCGAUAAAAUGUACGGAGUGAAAUCUAGUUUCCUGAGGGUGGAACCCUCACACUGUCUCCUACCCCCGCAGUUCGUCUUCCUGGGACCGAAAAUUCGAGACAUGGAGAUUUAUGAAGACGAUGUUUGGCUUGUGUCCUAUCCCCGCACAGGUAGUCACUGGGCCCAGGAGAUGGUAUGGUGUAUCGGAAAUGACCUCAACUACGAGAGUGCGAAAAUUCCUUUACUGAUUCGUAAUCCUCUUUUAGAAUCCUCAGCACUGAUGGUAACAGGUCAGUAUGUCGAUUUCUUUUCGCAAUUUGGAAAUUCCGUGGAAAAUGUGGAAAAAACCGCUCGGCCGCGGUACGUGAAGAGCCAUCUACCCUGGGGGCUACUGCCUCUCGAAAUCUGCAAGAAAAAACCAAAGUUUGUUUACAUUGCCAGAAAUCCAAAAGAUACUUGCGUAAGUUUUUAUCAUUACUGCAAACUCAUGCAUGACUUGGAGGGAACAUUCGAGGAAUUUGCCGAUCUGAUGUUAGAAGACAAUGCACCGAUGGGUCCUUUCUGGAAGCACGUCCUGGGCUUCUGGAAUCGGCGGCACGAGGACCACAUUCUCUUUCUCACCUACGAAGAAAUGAAAAAAGACCAACUGGCAGCGAUCAUGAAAACCGCGAAUUUUCUGGAGAAAACAGUAACUCCAGAGCAAGCAGAAGGAUUAUCUAAGCACCUGGAAUUCUCCAGAAUGGCAGCGAAUCCUGCAAUAAACUUGGAAAGCAUCUUGACAAAGAAUAACGACAUGAAGUUCAUUCGCAAGGGCAAAGUUGGUGACUGGAGGAAUCACAUGAACGAAGAUUUAUCUUUAAGAUUCGAUGAGUGGACCGAGAGGAAUACCAAAGGGACAGGCCUCAAGUUCGAUGUUAAUAAUAAUUGAUUGAAAACCGUUGAAAUAUACAUCCUAUACAUUUUUCUAUGUAAUCGUUGCUAUUAAAAAUAUUCAAAUGAU